CCCCACAAUCUCUUUAAAAAACAUAUAUCCUAAAUUCCUAAUACCAGUCCAGUUCACUUCAGAACACAAAAAAAGAAAAAAAAAAGAAAGACUAAAAUACCAUCACACAAACAACCAUGGGCAAAGAUACCUUCAAGCUAGUUGGAUUCAAGAACUUCACUCGUACCAAUCCCCGUUCAGAUUUCUUCUCCGUUAAACGUUUCCAUCACAUUGAAUUUUGGUGUGGUGAUGCUACAAAUACAGCUCGUCGUUUUUCUUGGUCACUUGGAAUGCCAAUUGCAGCUAAAUCUGACCUUUCAACUGGUAACUCUGUUCAUGCUUCUUAUCUCCUCCGUUCCGUUUCUGGUGGGCUCCAGUUCGUCUUCACUGCUCCUUAUUCGCCUUCUAUCUCAACGCCGUCAUCUGCAGCCAUCCCGAGUUUCUCUACAUCCACUCACAGGGAUUUCACGGCAACUCACGGACUCGGUGUCCGUGCCGUUGCUUUGGAAGUGGAGAAUGCCUACACGGCAUUCUCCGCUAGUGUUUCACGUGGAGCGAAACCACGGUAUGAACCUGUAACGAUUGAUGAACACGUGGCUGUGGCGGAAGUCCACCUAUACGGCGACGUCGUUUUGCGGUUUGUGAGUUAUCUUAAAGAUGCGGACAGCCUCCGUUUCCUUCCAGGUUUCGAGGCCAUGGAUGAAACGGCAUCCUACAAGGAACUAGAUUAUGGGAUUCGCCGGCUUGACCACGCCGUUGGGAAUGUGCCAGAGCUGGGACCUGUAGUGGAUUACAUCAAGCGCUUUACGGGGUUUCAUGAAUUCGCUGAGUUCACAGCUGAAGAUGUUGGGACUGCUGAGAGUGGAUUGAACUCGGUGGUGUUGGCAAACAAUGACGAAACUGUGUUGCUUCCGCUGAAUGAGCCGGUGUAUGGAACCAAAAGGAAGAGUCAAAUUCAGACUUACUUAGAGCAUAAUGAAGGGGCAGGAGUGCAACAUUUAGCUUUGGUUACAGAGGAUAUAUUCAGAACUUUGAAGGAAAUGAGGCAAAGGAGCGGAGUUGGGGGAUUUGAAUUCAUGCCUUCGCCUCCACCUACUUAUUAUAAGAAUUUGAAGAGUAGGGCUGGGGAUGUACUCAGUGACGAACAAAUCCAGGCGUGUGAAGAUUUGGGAAUCUUGGUGGAUAGGGAUGAUCAGGGGACUUUGCUUCAGAUAUUCACCAAGCCUGUGGGAGACAGGAAAGGCGCUUUGCUAGAGAGACGAAAAGCUGUUUUAAAGAAGGAUUACAUCAGAUGGGAGUAAAUCGGAGUCUGUACCGUGGCAGGGUACUAUUUUACCACUAAACCACUGGUGGGGUUCAGCAGAAAAUUGUGUGCAUUCUCAACCCACACCCGGUUUGUUACGUUCCUUGCAGCAGUUUGGUGAUGGUGUUGGUUAACUAUGAUAGAUCUUUGUGUUAGUUUUUUUUCUAGCAUAUCAGGAACACUAACUCACCUUUCCAUGAUAAGGACAUUCUUCCCGCAACUCCAAGUAGGCCAAUCUCAUGUUGACUUCUAAAAAAAAAAAGAAUCAUGUGAAACACCCAGUAGUAUAAUCUCUUUCCUUGUUAUUCACAUAGUGUGAGGUAACUAGGAAUGUUUGCACCACUUUGCUUUUUCCCCCAUUUCUUGCUUCAUAGCUGUUUUGUUCAUGUUCAUGGAGUCAGUCCUAAUUCUUGGGACUUCUACAGAAUCACUUUCUGGUAUCAAUGAUCUAUCUGCACUGUUUUUGCUCAAACUAUUGGUAACUAAAAAAACUAUACAGUGGAUCUUGUUCUUUAUUUCAUUACAUAGUAUAUUGGAUGCCCGUUAUUUUGGCGUCUUUUGUGCAUCUUAUUUUCUUUUUAUUUCGUCGCAUGUCGUCUUUCCGCAUCUAACACUGAAUUGUAUGCUUC